GAACCUAGAUGCAGGGCGUUUCCCUCUUAGGCUGACACUUGACUCCUUGUCUACAUUUAGCUUAGAGAGGGACAUACAUACCCUGGAAAGUGUGGGGGAGACGUACAUAGCACUGUUGGACCUGAAGGCAGAUGGCCCUUCUUCAAGCCAAUAAGGAUCUCAUUUCCAAAGGAAUGAAGGAAUUUAAUAUUCUGCUGGAUCAGCAGGUCUUUCCUAAUCCUUCUAUCCCUGAAGAAGCCAUGGUGACUAUAGUGGAUGACUGGGUGAACUUCUACAUCAACUAUUACAGGACACAGGUGGUGGGGGAGCAGCAAGAGCAGGAAAGGGCUCUACAGGAACUUCGGCAAGAGCUAAAUACUCUGUCUGCCCCUUUCCUGGCCAAAUAUAGGGCCUUCCUGAAGUCCUUGUGAACAUCUGAAUCACCCACUGCCUUCUCUCUAGCCUGGAAACCCAGGCCUACAUCCAUAAGAAGCCCUUAAAUCCUUCCUCUGUGUUCUUCAAGUGCUCAGGCUCUGACAUUUCAUGGUGUUACCCUACCCUGACACUUUAAUAAAGACUAAAUUGGUUUGCUGGUC